AAAGGAAUAUGUGUAAUAAUAAACAAUGUAACCGCAGAUCUAGAUCUACUUAAAUAUACUAAACUAAUUUAAUCUUACCCACCACUACUCUUUUUAUAGUGUAAAUUGCUUAUUGUUUUACUAAGUUGAGCAUUUCAGAUAAAAUGUCUUUGGUAGAUAUUGGGGAUAGUCUUUCCCCUUCAAGGUCAGCAUUAGAUCAGGAUGUUAGAUUAAGCCAACAGCAACAAGCCUCUUCACUCCCACCUCCAGUUGUUGACCCUGGGUUCUGUCAUUCAAGCCGUGCCCUGAGUUCAUCAAGAGAUGCAAAUAGGAUAAGAAGUUCACGUCGAAAUCAUGGUCACAGAAGUAGAUCAUCUAGUAGUAGAUCUCGUAGUAGGCAUCGCCACUCCAGCAGACAUGGGCGCUACAGCACUAGAAUGUAUUUCAAACAUAAAGAACGUAACUUUGCAGCAGCCAUAUUCAGUAUGGGUACUAUUGUUUUGUUGUGUACAGCAUUAGAGCCUGAUUGGAUAAAUUUAACUGGUGGAGGCUGUCGCUUACUUCAUGGUCCAGCAGGAAGUUUAAAACAGUUGAGCACUACACAGUUCUUUUAUAAUGGACAUUUCUACAAAAACUAUCCCCAAACUGAACCAGAAGAUGUAAUUUACAAAUUUGGACCCAGUUCAAAUGACAUAAUGGUUAAUUGUGUAACGUAUUCCACUGUUCUCCUUUUUAAAACAAGUAUUGCCUUUGUGUUUAUUGCUGUUGUAUGCAGUUUGUCUGCAUUUCUACUUGACUUGAUUGGACCUAGCUAUCAACUACUUAAGUUGCUCAGACGAAAUGCUAUUUUUAACAUUUUAACAGUUGUGAUGUGCGUGACAAUCAAUCUGUUUACUUACUGGAUCACAACAGCUGUAGAUAAGCUUCAAGUAUCAACCAGGGCCCAUGACGGUAGUAAAAUACAAGUCACGUUUGAUGUCAGCUUCUAUCUUGUUACAGCUGCCGGUGGAUUGUCUGUCAUUGCUACAGCCUGCAACUGCCUAAGAAGGCAUGUUGUGUACGAAAGUGCAGAAACUCCAAGCAACCCAGAAUUUUUCUACUAUGAUGAUAACGAGCCAUUGCUUCCUCCACCUUCCCCUAACGCUGACAGCGCUGCUCUGUAUAACUUUCCACCUCCCCCAGCAUACACCCCUUGAUUAGCCAAAGAUAGUUUUAUAAAAAGACAUGCUUUUUUAUUGGAUACUUUCUAAUUCUUGGCAUGUUAUUUUUAAAACUACAUUAAGAUCUUAGAUUUGUAAAUACAUUGUUUUAAAAAAAAGUAAUGGCUUUAAUUAGUAAUCUGACCUGUUGAUAUAUGAACGCUGUUGCCAUUCUUUGUUAAAUGUAAUGGUUUACAUAAUUCUGUACAUACAUUUUAAAAUAUUUUUUAUUCUGCAUUGGUUAAUUGAUAUGGACCUUAUUUAUAUUGAUAAAUUAGUUAAGACUACAUUUUAAAAUUCUAAGAGUAAUACAUCAAUACUCCUGUACAAAAUAACCAACCAGUGUUAAUAGCUUGUUUACUUUUUACACCUUAAUUAUAGUGUCAACCAAUUUUUGCAAUAGUUGUAGUAUUUCACAUAUAUUAAAAUCAGAUAUAGACCUAAUUAUAUUAUCAAAUGUGAGCAAGUUUUAAUACAUCUAAAAUUCAAAUUACCUUUUUUUUUCAUCUUUAAAAGAAUGAUCAUAAAAAAUUUAUUAUGUUUAGAUAUCCUGUUGGUAGCUUGUUUAUGUUGGAUUACUAUUCAUAAAAGUGUGUUUUAUUUUUAAAAUAUGAAACUGAUAUUUUAACGGUUAAGUACUAUAAAUUCUCUCUCUCUUCCCCCCCCCCCCC